CUCUCUCCAACCAUUUAUACGGUGCUUCCUGCUGCUUCAAGUGUGAAUUUCAAAGAACUGAAUAAAUAAUGGAAUCUUUUAUAGGAUCGGAAGAAACUGAAAACUGUUAUUGUUCAAGUACGAAUUUUGAUCCUCACAUGUUAACAUGCACAGAAUGUAAGAAACGUUUUCAUCCUUCAUGCCUUAAAUCUGGCCGUCCCUCAGAUUUAACCGGAGAUAUUUAUUUUAAAUUUAUUUGUGCAAAUUGUUCUGCAGAUGGCACAGAAAGUGUGAAACGAAUGAAAUUGCAAUGGACUUUAGUAAUUAUUCUUGCACUGUAUAACUUGCAGUUGCAAGGCGGCGGGAAAUGUGGGUAUUUCCGUUGGAGAGAACACAUAUGCCGUUUUAUUGAUAAAAACUGGACAGUAUUUUUCGGUACUGAUAGAAAAAAAAGUGCCACUUGGCAUGGCACAGUAGCUGGUUCUUUAUCAACUGGCGCUAACAGAUAUUUUGUAUCUGGUAUGGAAGUAUUGGGCGAGACUGGUUGGUGGUCACUUAAAAGCUCGAAGUUACCCUCUGUUGAGGAAAUUGAAUCCGUUACCCUAAAUAUAAAACCAAAUCGUAAACGCAAAACUAUGCAGGAAUUGACUUCUGCACCUGUUGUUGAAGGUUCCAGAAAAAAGAACCAAAACAUUGUUGAAGCCGCUGUAGCUUUAAAGGAGAAGAAAGCCUGUAUUGUAAGUGAUGAUAAGAUAUCAAAACCGAGGAAGAAGGGUGAAAGUAAAACUAAGAUUAAGUCUUCACUGCCACAUAAAUUAAAACUUGUUGUUCCAAAAACCAAUAUACCUAGUGAUUAUGAGUUUCAAGAUAAUUUAGCUCCUAAACAUGAUGUGCCUAAAAUUAUAAUAAAAUCAGAACCUAAUGUAACGCCAUCACUUUCAGAAGAUCCAAUAAGUCUUUGGAUAAAAGAUGAACCAAAAGAUAAUAUUGACCUUGAUAUCCAGGAUAUACCUGAUAUGUUUGAUUUUUCUGCUCCAUUAGAUACACCAGAUUGCUUGAACUCUUUUCUUGAUGGUAUGCUCUCUGAAAUAAGCUCUGAUAAAAUCAGCAUAAAAUCUUCAACUCAUGAUUAUGAAAGUGAAGAAGAAAGCAGUAAUUCUUGUAAGACACUAAGUACUAUGAAGAAGGUGCAGCAGCAUCCUGAUACCAGUCGUAAGAGAAAAGCAGUUACAAAAGAUGAGAGCCCAGUAAAAGAAACAGUUGUAACAGUGUCAAAAUUCACACUUAUGACUCCGUAUGAAGAAGAUCAACUUCUAGAAAAAUUGCAAAAAUAUCCUACAGCAAUGAAAGAGAGGUCAGAUGUGAGGCGUCUCUACAGAAAGUUAGUCAUUAGGAAAUUGAAAAGAGAAAAAAAUAUUCCAUUGUUUGAUAUAGAUGCGGAAAUGAGAUCCAUAAGAGGAAUGGACCCACCUGAUUAUGCUGAUAGAGAGUAUUUAAACAAAGUUACUAACUCAGUUACCAAACGUAAUAAUAUUCUUGAUCGUUUUCAGACUAACCAUUGUAAUGUUCGAGGUAAAUUUUCUCAACAUGUAUCUUUUGUUACUCGUUUAAUGGGCCUUGAAGAUGAGCAACAAGAAAGUAUUGUUAGCCCUUAUACUGAGAGAGUUUUAAAGCCUUUUAUAUUUCGAAACCAUAAAAUAAAACCAUUGAAAUUGUGUUUAUUAGAAGAAAUUGUAUCGUACUCAAAUCGUUCCAAUCCUAAUUGGAAACCUCCGAAACUGAGCCCUAUAGACUUUUGCUAUGUUCGACCUCAGCACAUACCAGGGAUCAAUGCUUUGUGCCAUGAGUUUUUUUGGCCAGGAAUAGACCUAUCUGAAACUCUUCAGUAUCCUGAUUUUAGCUGUGUUGCAUUAUACCGGAAAGUCAUAAUAGGAUUUGCUUUCAUGGUGCCUGAUGUGAAAUACAAUGAAGCAUAUAUUACUUUCAUAUUUUGUCAUCCGGAAUGGAGGAGAGCUGGUAUUGCUACUUUCAUGCUUUAUCAUCUCAUUCAAACAUGCAUGGGUAAAGAUGUAACGCUUCAUGUAUCGGCAACAAGUUCAGCUGUAUUUUUGUAUCAGAAGUUUGGCUUCAAGGUUGAGGAAUUUAUUCAUGAUUUUUAUGACAAAUAUCUUCCUCCAGAUUCCAAAGAAUGUCGUCAUGCAUUGUUUUUAAGACUGAGUCGAUAAUUACUUCCGCUUAUUCAUGCAACUUUUCUAUGAGUGGUUGUUUUAUGAAUAAUGCAUGUUUCUGUAGCAAUCUAGCAUCUAGCAUAGUCACUGGAAUCUAGUCAAGCUAUUUCCAUCAUGCUUUAUGUAGUUUAUAGAGUGUUUUUUUUUUUUUUUUUUGUCUGUGUGUUUUGUUUUCUAAGUUAUUAAUAUUACAGUAAGACCCCGCUUAACGCGGGGGAUACGUUCCAUCAAAGUAGAGCGUAAU